CGAGUUCCCAACUUUUGCGUGCAGUGAAAGAUAUUUUGUGAAGUCAAACGAAAAAGGACGAUACGGAUAACCUAAAAUCUUUCUCUUUGCAUAACACGUAGCCCGAAGCGUUUUUUAUGUAAUACGCUGUAAUAAUCUUAUGCAACUACAUUUUGGCCUCAUAUUUUGAGGUUGCGAUAGUACCACGCCAUGACCACUGCGGUUCGCGCGCUUUUCACUAUCUGACACUGACAGAAGUGUUUUUUUAUUUGUGUGCCAGUGUUCUAUUUUUUCGUGCAAAAAGGACGUGUGCAAAGGAAUUUUUAAGGAAAAUGUCUACAAAGCAGUAACCAACAAAAAUGGCUCCUCUCCUCGAUUCAACACCUGGGGACGACGCGGCCUUCAAAAUACCAGCCAUGGCGUACAGCAACGAUAACGAUAACGACGCAUCGUUAAAAACAGCCAAUAAUAACGAUAUUGACACGAGAAAUAACGUAGAGUUGACGCAGAUUCAGAAGUUUUAUAACGGAAAGAAUAUUUUGAUCACUGGUGCUACGGGGUUCCUCGGGAAGAUUCUAGUACAGAAGCUCCUACGAUGCUGCCCUGGGGUUGAAAACUUAUACCUGUUGGUCAGACAGAAACGCGGGAAGGACAUCUACACCAGGAUAGAAGAAAUAUUCGACGACCCUGUUUUCGACCGCCUAAAAGAAGAAGUGCCCAAAUUCAGGCACAAGAUUGUGGUGAUACCAGCUGACUGCGAGGCGGCGGGACUCGGUCUGACUUUGUCGGACCGACAGACGCUUACUGAGAAGGUGAACGUGAUCUUCCACUCAGCAGCGACUGUCAAGUUCGACGAGCAGUUGCGACUGGCGUUCAACGUCAAUGUGAAGGCGUCAUUGCACGUGCUGCGGCUAGCAAGGGAUAUUAAGGGACUUGACGUCCUGAUGCACAUUUCGACUGCCUACUCCAACUCGCACCUUGACCAGGUCGAGGAGAAGUUCUACCCAUGCAAAAUGGACUUGGAGACCCUCAACCAGACCAUAGAGAAGAUGACUGAUGAGGAGAUCAACAGCCAGUUAUCUAAAUUAUUAGGCGAAUACCCCAACACAUACACUAUGACCAAAGCAUUAGCUGAGAAUGAAUUAAGGAUCAACUCGAAAGGAAUACCUCUAGCGAUCUUUAGGCCGGCUGUAGUGGUAUCAUCAGCCAGAGAACCAGUAAAAUGUUGGUUGGACAAUAUGAACGGACCGAAUGGCAUCGUGGUGGGAAGUGGGACAGGUAUCCUCCGAACCCUGCAAUGCGACAUGCAGGGCACAGCUGACCUGGUGCCGGUGGAUAUGGUGGUGAACUGCCUCAUGGCUGCGGCGGUUAAUGUCAACGCGGCUUACGCACAGAGCAACCCACCGCCAGAGCCUCCGAUAUUCAAUUACGUGAGCUCAGUUGAGAAUAAGAUCACUUGGGGCGAGUUCAUGACGCUGAAUAUGGAGCAGGUGGACAAGUAUCCUUUCUCGAACGCCGUGUGGUACAUAUCCCUAAGACUGACUAAGUCGUGGCUGCUGAACAGAUUCUACAUGUUCUUCUUGCAUUUGAUACCGGCUGUGUUGAUGGACGGCCUGACUGUGUGUGUAGGGAAGAAACCAAAGAUGCUGAAAGUGUACAAGAAGAUUCACAAGUUCUCUGACGUUCUGUCCUACUUCUGUACGAAGGACAUCGAGUUCUGCAACAGAAGAACGCAAGAACUGUGGCAGAAGACCAGCGAAGAAGAUAAACAGCUGUUCCCCUUCAGUAUGGCGGAGCUGGACUGGCGGGAUUACUUCCAGGACUACUACCUCGGCAUCCGACGGUAUCUCUUCAAGGAGAACGACGAUAAUCUGCCCCAAGCCAGGAUUAAAUGGAAAAGGUUGUACUACCUUCAUCAGUUAGUAACAAUGCUUUUCUACUUCCUGGCAUUAUACGCACUGUGGAGUAUAUUUUCGUCAUUUUUGUUGUGAAAUAAAUUACUUAUAAUUUGUACAAAUAAUAAAAAAUACGAAUGUAAUUAUUCAAUGUGCAAUACGAUAAGACAAACCAC